AUGUCCUUACCAAAAAGGCUCAUUCAAGUUGUUGAUCCAAUGCUUUUGCCAAGAGAAGUUGAAGGAAUGGGAGUAGCAACUACAGCAAUGAUGGCAACAAAAGAAGAUGAUAAUGACAAUGAAAAUGAAGUAGAAGAAGCUAAUAAUACUGAGGACUAUAGGCAUAUUGAUGUGGAUAUGCAAAAAUGCUUACUAUCAAUCCUUAAUAUCGGAAUCUUAUGUUCAUUGGAAUCUCCAAAAGAGAGAAUCAAUAUGGAGGAAGUCAUUAAGGAACUACAAUUGAUAAAAAGUACUUUUGUUGGUUUGGGGAUUCGUAGAGCUAGACCAAGUAGAGCUCCAGUGCUGUUGUCAAUAUGCUUACUACUGACAGAUCCAAACCCGGACGAUCCUCUUGUCCCCGAGAUUGCUCAUAUGUACAAGACCGAAAAAGCCAAGUGUGAGACUACUGCUCGAACUGGGACUGAGAAAUAUGCGAGCUCUUGA